GCUGCCUCUAAGUGAUGUGGAAAAAUACAUUAAUAUUUUACAUAAUUUUAGUACUUUUACCCAAAAAUAUAGUCCUAAGCUAUAACUGGUAUAAAGAUGAUAAAUUUCAAAUCGCACGAAAUCUUUCCGAGGCUCUGGUGGAGAUCGUAAAUACACUUUAUGUGGAUAAAAGGAAAUUAAGAGUUUUUAAUUUUCAAAUAAAAAUUGAAAAUAAAAAUCAAAAAUAUUUUCAUGAAUUUCAAAAUAUCAUAGAUAAAACCAUGGAAUUGUUGAGUGGUAAUAUUGCUAUACGUUUAAAAAAUAAUAUUAGUAUACCAACAGAUAAUGAGAGGCAUUUUUGUGUAUUAUUGGUAGAUUCAUCAGAAUCAUUGGAAUUUCUUUAUAAAGAUCUUAAUAAAUAUCAUCUCUUUGUGGAGGGAUAUUAUUUUAUUGUUCUGCAAUCAGUACCCCAAGUCAAUCAUUAUUACGAUGAACUUUUCGAAAUUUUUGAAAUAAAUUGGCGUAAUGGUGUUACACAUGCCGAUAUACUCAUACAUGCUGUGCAAAAUGUCAUUUUGUUAUUUCAUAGCUUACCCUUUACGUCCUUUCACUGCAAGGAUGUUGCUCCCAUUGUCCAUAAUAAAUUUAUUGAUGGUCAUUGGUUGCAUAAGAAUUUUGUUACGCCAAAAACUAAAAAUUUACACGGCUGUCCUUUAGUUUGUGCCACCUGGGAAGAUAUGCCGUAUUUUAAAUUAACACAAAGUUCUGUUGAUGGUCGCAACAGGUAUCAUGGUCUGGAGGGACAAUUAUUGGAAUAUUUGUCUAGGAAAAUGAAUUUUACCAUUACCAUACGUUGGAUGAAUGAUGAAGAAAUCAAUCAGACAGUUUAUGAUGAGCUAGGAGUAUUUAAUAAGCUGUUUACCUCUAAUACCGAUUUUGUUAUUGGAGCGUUUCACUACAAACCCACCUCGUUAGAGGAUCCCUAUGUUCCCACAGUGGCAUACUACAUGAGUAACUAUUUUUUCAUAAUCUCCUCUAAAACCGAUAGCUAUGAUCCAUUUACGAAACUUUUACUACCAUUUGAAAAGGAAAUUUGGAUUGUUUUAAUAUGUAUUUAUGGAUUUGGCAAUAUACUCGUCUUCAUACUCAUCUAUCUGAAUCGAAAAUUGAAAUCCUUAGUAUUGGGUCGGGAAAAUGAAAAUCCCGCCUAUAAUAUGGUUGUCAUAAGUUUAGGUGGCGCAGUGGCUAAAGAUCCUAAAGUACCGUUUUCACGUUUCCUUUUAAUGUUAUGGCUAGUGGCUACAUUUAUUCUGCGCACAGUUUAUCAAGCUUUUAUGUUUUACUUUAUUAAAUCUGAUCUACAGAAACCCCUACCAAAGUCAAUAGCUGAAUUAUUCCACAACAAAUAUCGUAUAUUUAUGAGUGAUGUAGUCUAUAGCACUAUCACAAAUUUGCCUUUGCUCGCAUUAAAAGCGGAAAUUUUAAAUUCUACCGAAUUGGAGUCAUUUGAAAUGUUAAGAUAUCCUCAGAAAUAUGCUCCAUAUAAAUUGGCUAUUUUAAUGGCUCACGAAUAUUAUGGUUAUUAUAAACUUAUAACUCCCAUCAACAAUGAUUUUUAUGUGGUACCUGAGCAGCUCUUCACUCAGCAGUUGACAAUUUAUAUGAAAAAGAAUUCGGCCUAUUUGAAACGUUUCAAUACAUAUAUUGAAAGUUAUAUUAAUGAAGGUUUAAUGAAUCGUUGGCAACGUCAACUGGUCUAUCACGGUGGCAAACUUAAAGCCACUGAUGACAGUCCGAAGCCGAUGAAAAAUUUCCAUUUAUUUGCAGCAUAUCGUCUGUUAAUUAUGGGAUUGACUGUAAGUUUAUUAAUGUUUUUGUUGGAAAUUUGUUUCUUUCUUGGCAAAAAGUUGCGCAGGCGCUUACGUAGAAAAUGGCGUAAAUAUGUAAAAAGCAAUGGGAAUUUUGUCAGAUAAGGCAUUUUUAGGUUGUAAAUUUUUUUUGUAAUAUUUAAGUUUUUAUGAAUUUUAUUGCAAAUUUAUGUCAGUUACCCUAAUUUUUAAGCUGAUGCACAGUGGUAUAGGAAAAAAAGAGGGAAAUAAUUCGGUAAAUUCUAAACGGUUGAUCCGAUUUUAAUGAAAUUUGGUAUGCAUA